AGAAUUAAUGUAACCCGGAGAACUCACCUCUUCGUCAUCAAUCAUAUCAAAACGUAUGAUUAUCCCACGUGACCUUCCGAACGACCUCUAAUAGCAAACAUCGUCCCUUCGGCGGUGUGGAGAAUUCUCGGGUAAACGGAGUGUCCCCGUUCUCAAAAAUUCAAACAAAAUAUCAUUAACCUGCUCCUACUCAGGACUAAAAAUCGAGGAGCUAAAAAUUGCAGCUGAGAAAGGGCAAUAAGCUGUUGAGUAUCAUCAAAUCAAUUACAAAUUAAUUCACAUUGAGAAAUGCUGCUGAGGGCGACCAGUCAGCUGCGCAAUGAUUUGGCUCGGGUGACACUACGUAACGCUGUAAGGACCAACGUCGUUCGAUGUUUGACGACUCGUCGACUUCACAGAAAGCUAUUACCCAGAAAUCAGGGAUGCAACGCUCUGAGACCUAUAGGCCCCUGGAGGCAGCAAUUUCGAUUUUAUGCCGAUUAUCCAGAUCACGUCAAAGUUACGCUUCCUGCGUUGUCACCCACCAUGGAGACAGGAACAAUCAUCAGUUGGCAGAAGAAAGAAGGUGACAAAUUGAAUGAGGGUGAUCUUCUCGCUGAAAUCGAAACGGACAAGGCAACGAUGGGUUUCGAGACCCCGGAGGAAGGUUACCUAGCUAAGAUUAUUGUGCCUGCUGGAACCAAGAAUAUCAGCAUUGGCUCCCUCGUCUGUAUUAUUGUGGAACAGCAGUCCGACGUAGCGGCAUUUAAGGAUUUCAAGGAUGAUGGAACCGCUGUUCCUCCUCCAUCGCCUGCUGCCCCCGCUGCGUCAGCUCCAGCGACCCCAGCACCAUCACCCUCCCCAGCAGCACCGAGAGCAGCUCCUGCCCCUGCUGCUGCGCCCUCGAUGCCUGUCAGUGCAGGGGAUAGAAUUUUCGCGAGUCCUCUGGCGAAGAGGUUAGCUGCUGAGCAAGGAUUAAGUCUUCAGGGACUGAAGGGCUCUGGGCUUUUUGGAUCGAUAACCUCAAAAGACUUGGCGGGUGCCUCGGCGGCACCCGCUGGCUCCCCUGGGAUGGCAUUUGCUGGAGGAGUCGAUAUUCCGGUAUCGAACAUCCGUGGUGUCAUUGCCAAACGAUUAUCCGAAAGCAAACAAACGAUUCCCCAUUAUUACCUGUCGAUUGAUAUUAGAAUGGACUCUGCCCUGGCGAUGAGAGAGCAAUUUAAUAAACUUUUGGAGAAGGAAAAAGUUAAGUUGAGUGUUAAUGAUCUCAUCAUCAAGGCGAUUGCUAUGGCAUGUAAAAAGGUUCCGGAAGGGAACAGUGCCUGGAUGGGAGACGUCAUUCGACAAUAUGACAACGUGGAUGUCAGCGUAGCUGUGAGUACAGACGCCGGUUUAAUUACGCCAAUAGUCUUCGGAGCCGACUGGAAAGGUCUAGUGGAAAUCAGCAAAGAUGUUAAAGCUCUCGCGGCCAAAGCUCGCGAGGGUAAACUACAACCCCAAGAGUUCCAGGGUGGUACCAUUACGAUUUCUAAUCUUGGCAUGUUCGGAGUGAAGAAUUUCUCCGCUAUUGUCAACCCACCGCAGUCCAUCAUCCUGGCCGUAGGAACUACAGAGGCUAGGCUAAUUCCUGCCAGUAACGAGCGAGGGUUUACCACUGCUCAAUAUAUGACCGUCACAGCCAGCUGCGAUCACAGAACUGUGGACGGUGCAGUGGGGGCACAAUGGUUAUCAGCAUUGAAGAGCUUACUCGAAAAUCCAUCGACAAUGCUGCUUUAAAAAUAUGAAAAUUCGAAACAAUCGAAAAUCGCUGCCGAUUUUAUUGAAACUUAGUUCAAUCAAAUUGGAGAGUAGGAGGUACUUUCCACGAGUACAAGGUGAUACGUGUCUGUGUAUCUGGGAAAUUUAUUUAUUCUUAAUUUUGUUAUGAAUAACAAUUGAAAAGUUUGAUGGACGUAUCAUUGAGUAUUCAAAUAGUUGACAAUUUAUUGGGAAAAAGAAUUUAUCACUCGACGUUAGGAUCACACGAAAAGUAUACAUUUUUAAACGGAAUCAUUUGAUAAUGAAUGAACGUAUGAUACGAGGAUAUUCCUGGUGGCAUUACGUUUCAUCGCGAAUUUAAUUUAUAAUAGAUUGCUUCAUUACCGAAAUUCGGUUCGGUGGAUCAUCGAGUGAUUUGUUUUCAUUCUCUCUCGGUUGUAAUUCUGACCCUACUGUAAAUAAUUAGAAAAUUAUUAUUUUUGUGGACAGGGAAACAAUAAUUGUUACGUUAUUGCUGUAGCAAAUUCAAUUGUAAUUACCUGAGAUGAAUGAAGUCGUCUGAUGAAAAUACAGUGUAUAAUAAAUUAUAAUUACAAAAUGCUUACACAA